UGAAACUCAGAUAAUCAUGUUUUUAUGUGUAUUAACUCCACUGUUGUCCUCUGUGUUCUCUGCAGGCCAGUUACCCUACAUGGGAGGACUUUGUGACCAAAGGGGCCAAGCUGCAGUCACAGCUCAGGACGACCAUCAUGGUGACCGGAGCAGCUUCCUGGAUGCGUUUCAGAAGGUGGCAGACAUGGCGACCGGGACCAGAGGUGCAACCAAAGAGAUCGGCUCAGCGCUAACCAGGAUGUGUAUGAGACAUCGCAGCAUCGAGUCCAAACUGAAACUGUUCACCACAGCUCUCUCAGAAAGUCUCAUCACACCACUGGAGCUGAAGAUGGAGGAGUGGAAGAAAGUGGCCAGUCAGCUGGACAAAGACCACGCUAAAGAGUACAAGAAGGCCAGAGCGGACAUCAAGAAGAAAUCCUCAGACACCAUCAAACUGCAGAAGAAGGUCAAGAAAGGUAAGAGUCUCAUACCCAGCACUGAACAUUAAAAACACUCUAACUCU